UGGCAGGCGGAGGGACUGCUUUAGGCGAUGGGAAGAGAAACAUGGCGCUGCCCUUACUCAGAUGGAGCUGUAGAAGGCCUGCUGCGGGUCUGAACGCUUAUCUAAGAUUUAACAAACAAAACGAAAUACGAAAUCAAUCCGUUGUUAAAAACCAGGCCUCGUUAUCGUGUGUUGUGUCCGGGGUCCGGUACUGCAGCUCGGACAGAGAGGGACGCAGACAGACGCGGAAGGUUGUGGUGGUAGGCAUCCCAAAUCCGUUCAUCUGGUUCCGGACUAAAUUCUGCUUCUUCCUCAUUCGCGCUUAUUUCGACAAAGAUUUCAGCAUAGAGGAGUUUACUGACGGAGCCAAACAGGCAUUUUCACAUGUAUCCCGACUGCUGUCUCAGUGUCAGUUUAAAGAACUUGAAGGUCUAGUUGCUAACGAUGUACUUGGGAAACUGGAGGAGAAGUGUGCCGAUCUCCCACUGAGCUAUAAAAGAGCACUUUUGGCUGAUCCUGAUGACAUCAUGUACACAACGCCAGCAGAUGUGGGGUUUUGCUAUGAGAAUGAUGGGAGGAAGUUUGUCAGUAUCUUGAUGCGCUUCUGGUACUUAACCAGUGCCCGGCUGCCAGAGGACACAAUGGAGGGAGCGCGAAUCUUCCAGGUGGCCAUCGGGAAAAACGGGGAGAAGCCCGAGAGCAAGAGGCUGCUCACGGCCAAUUACGAAUUUCAGAGGGAGUUUACUCAAGGAGUGACACCAGACUGGACCAUCACUAGAAUAGAACACUCAAAGCUGCUUGAUUAAAACGUUGGGCUCUCUGUUUAAUGGCACCUGACUGAAACAACAUACCAUACUGUCAAUGAGCCACGUUUGUUGUCUGGAAAGUAAAACCUGACACAUGGACAAUAUUCACAUUCACUCUAAUUCAUUCUGUGAGAAUGAUCCUAUAGAAUUAAUAGGUAAAUUAACGAAUCUGUAAGAGUUCUCGUGUCAUUUCGGACCUGGGUUCAAUAUUCACCAGACUUUCAUUGUUGAGAGAGUUUUACGUUUCGUUUUAGGUCCUGUAAGUCUUUUGUGCUAUUAUGUCACUUGUUCAUGUUUGAUAAGGAAUCUGAAAUUUGGUCCAAUAUAACACUUAAACUAUUUGUCAGUAUAUUGCAGAUUGUAAUUUGAAACAGAAUUGCAUUUGCAUUUCUAAAAUGAAUUUGUAUCUUUUCUAUUGACAGAUGUAAUUAAAUAAAUGUAAAUCCAAAAAAGCAAGUUUAUCUGAUGAAUUUCAGAAUCUGGGAAAGGUGCAAUACACAACUAGGUUUGUGGACACCUGACCAUCCACAAACACCAUACGUAUGUGUUUCUUUCCAAAAAACAAAGGAGGCACCCCAAAAUUGUACAGAAUGUCUCUGUAUGCUGUAGCUUUACAGUUUUUCUUCACUGAAACUACAUUGUUCCAGCAUGACAAUGCAACUGUGUAUGAAGACAUGGUGUGGAGGUUAAGCUUGGAGUGGAAGAACUGGAGUGUCUUGCACUGAGCCCUAACUCUGACUCAACCCCACUGGACACCUUUGGGAUGAACUGAACCCCGUCACUCUUACAUCGUCAGCGUCUGAUCUCACUAAUGCUCUUGUAGCUGAAUGAUCACUAAUCCCCACGGACACACUCCAACAUCUAGUGGAAAGAAGAGAGGAGCUUAUUAUACCAGUGAAGAGGAACACAUCUGGAAUGAGAUGUUCAUCAUGGACAUGUGAGUGUGGUGGUCAGGGGUGCACAAAUGUUUGGCUCUAUAAGUGUCUAUAAGUCUUAGAUUCCUGAUGUGUUUAUUGAAACUCUGAUCAUUUCGAAGUAGUCUAUUCUAAAUGAAAAUGAUGGAAGUUACUGAAGGAACUUGAAUGAAAUGCCUUGAUGAUGUUUAACAUAGGCUUGUGAUUCCGUUCCAGUCCGUUUAAACAAGUACACAGAUUA